ACAGAGAAUCAAUAAAACCUUCGACUUAUGACUAAUACUCAUAUGUUGUGUCAUAACUGUGAAGAAAAUUAAAAACUUCCUUAAACUGUAAUUUAAAUAUAGAGAAUGGAUUAGUGAUCUACUCGUUGAACCGUACAAAUCAAUGAGUUUUAUGAAUGACCGGGGAUUUUCAAUAAUGAAUUUUCUAUAAAUAUAAUUUUGUAAUGAAUCUCAAGGAAAACGAAACAAUACGUGGCAAAUAAAUGAUUAUAAAUGGAUGCAUCAACCGAUAAAAAGUUAGACUCCGGCAUUAGUGUUUCUUUUGACAGCUUAUGCCAGUGUGAUUCAGAGAGCACAAAUUCCAUACUUCAAAAUAUGUGUCUAUCAGGUUCACUCGGCAAUCAAACACAGAACUGCGGAAAUUAUUGGAGAGCUGAUGAUUGCGCUUCGGAAGUUGCAGUUAACUUAAAAGACCAUCUUUCACUGGAACUCCAAUUAAUAGAUAGAAAUGAAACUUCACAUUUAGAAAACGAAAACUACAUGAGCAAAUCGAAAGAGUGUAAACAAACGAAGACAGUGGUUAAAACCAAGGACAGUAGGAAAUGUAUGACGGUCACUCAGGUCAGUGCAGUAAAUUCUGAUCUUGCACCAGAUGUAGUCAUAUAUCAGCGCCAUCAAAAAGUUCUUGCGUUCGGAAAACGAUUCCAUGUAAGUGUUAUCUACAAAGAUAAUGACAUAGUGUCCAGCCAUGUGACUAAUCUCGUUAAUGAUCUAGAGAGUCUAGGUUUCCUUUGCUAUUACAAAUGUCGAGAUUUUAUUCCAGGUCAAAGGUAUCCAAAAACAAUAGUUCAGUCUUUUGAGCAAAGUAUGAAAAUUCUAAUAAUUUUAACAGAAGCAUUUAUGGAAAGCGAUAAAUGUCAAUAUGAAUUGGAUUUAGCUUUAGAGGAAUGUUUCAGUCGAGGCGAGGAUGGAGAUCGUAACGUUAUUAUCCCAUGUCGUUUAGAACAAUGUAAAGUUCCUAGAACUUUAAAACCAUUCCAAGUUUUAGAUAUUUUGGGGAACAAGGAAUCCUGGUGGAACCACCUUAUUAAUUCAAUUGAGCAGAGUUCAGAUUAUAUUAUAAAGAAACAAUCACAAGAUGAAACCGAGUUUUCAGAAUUAGAAGUAGUUGGUACAAAAUUUCUUUCCAGACUUAGAAAAUCUAAAAUGGACGAAGUUGUCUACUUCUUAGCUAAACCUGUUGCAUAUGACCUAUUUCAUUUCUUAAACCAGUGCAAUGAUUUUAGAUUCUUUUUUUCUGCCAUGAGAACAUUAGGAAUAGAAAUUAAAGAUAGUACAGUGCUUGUCUCUAUGAAAACUUUAAAAGAUUUUGUCAGUCGUCCUUAUUAUAUAGCACACAUAUUUAAAGAAAAUAUGCAAAAACAAAAGAAUAAAGUUUCAAAAGUUGGUCUGAUUGUGUAUGACAUGGAAGAUUUAAUGUUGCGUAAAAAUUCAGACGAAGUCAAACAAUUCAACGAAAUUGUACGAACAACAUUAAAUGCAAACGAAACUUAUGAUCAUUUCGGAAGAGGUGUUGUUUAUUCCAUGGAAGGAAUUCCAAAAUCCCGAGCAAUCCGAAAUGAAUGUAGAAUGCUUAUUCACGACGCGGUGGUUGAACCGCCAGUAACAAAACCAAAAUAUCCACAGUUUGACACAUACGAAGCCAGACUUAAGACAUUUAGAUAUUAUCCUACAUCUGUUAAACCUACAAAAGAAGAAUUUGCUGACGCUGGAUACUUUUGUGCAGACGACGGAGUAGUUUUUCGAUGUUUCUAUUGCAAUGCCGCAGAUUGGGAUUUCAAACCUGACGAGGAACCAUGGGUUCGUCAUGCUAAAUAUUACUAUCAUUGUCCAUUCGUUUUGUCAACAAAGGGACAGGAAUUUGUAAAUCGCUGUCGUUUUGACGGAACUAUCCGUCAAGGCAUGUAUAAUCCAGAUUUUGAAAAACUACACUCGAGAAUAAAUUCGUACGUUAACUGGGAUAUUGCCAAUGCCCCUGAUCCAAUACUACUGGCUGAAGCAGGAUUUUACUUUACUCACAUUGAAGACAAAGUCGCAUGCCACAUGUGUGGACAUGGACUGCGUAAUUGGCAGAUAUCAGACGAUCCAUGGCAUAAACACGCUCUUUGGUCACCUAACUGUAAGUUUCUGAAAAACAAUAAGACAAAAGAUUAUAUCCAAGCAGCAAGGAGAGACAGAAAACAAUUCUAUUUGGAGAAAGAAAGAUGCUUGAUCACAUAUACCCUUAGAAAACGAGAAGUUACCAAAAUAGGUUAAUCAUGAUCCCUAAAACAAUUUUGUGUAAAACUGAAGUUGCAGUAGCCUUCUUCCUUCCAAUCACAACAUUAGCCGCAAAAGUGAAUAAUUACAUGAGUUAGCUAUUUAUAUAGUAGAGCAAAAAUAUCUGUUAAUUUGAGGCAUCAUGUUUAAAGUAGCUCGGUGUUAAGAAAUAAAACAUUAUCAUUGUA